AUGGCCAACAGCUCUGAGGUUGAAGCCGCGGCAGAGCGGAGUUCCAGUUCGUGCUCGGGGGCAGCACCGUCCGCGUGGAAUCCGAUCCUGAAAUCUGCCGAUCAUUUCAAGUUUGGCUACAUGGCCGGCCAGGAGGCACCCAAUCGCGCAAGGGAGCCGCUCCCCAUCAAGAAGCCGGGUUCGCAGGAGCCGGCUUCGGAAAGGCGGCCGGCUGUACCGAGGUUCCGACAUCCCAUUCCAAAGCCUCCUGCUGCUGCAGCAACCGAGCAGGAAAAUUCUGCACGGCGUCCGGCGGUUCCCCGGUUUCGCCACCCCGCGAAGCCCUCGGUUGAAGCCGAGGAAGAGGAAUGGGAUCAUCAUGGUCGAUCUUCACGAAGGACGCCCCGAACAGCUGAGAGUGUGGAAGCCUCCAGCCACUGGGGUAGUGCAUCCUUGCCACUACACUCCGAGCAUACAAGAG